CUUGAGACUUGCUUGGACUUGACCAUGUGUGACUUGUCCCCAUCUCUGGCUUGAAUAAUGUUUGACUUGCCUUAAAAACUAUUUUACUCACAGGCCUUCAUUUGCCUACCCCUGUCCUAAACAUUCAUCUGGGAAUGCAGAUACCCAAAUGUGGGCCUUCUCAAUCACUGAGACCUUGGACUUGGAUUCUCUACAGAGGAGUGCAUUAAACAAAUUGUCCAGGUUUCUCUUGGCCUCCACACUGUGUCUGGAACUUGAGAGAAAACAUGUCAAAGGCAUCAUUAAAUGUAUCUAUUUGAGACUUUUCUCUUCCAUCAAACAACAUCCUACUCUCCACUCUCAUCAGGAAAUUUUUGUGUUUCUCCAAUGGUUAUAAUGUCGGCCUGCGUGGCUAAUCCCAGCAAUACUUUUAAAGGUUUUGUAUCAAAGUUUUCAAAAGGGCCUCUGCCACUAAAUCACGAAACGAUUCAUGUGCCCUAACUGCAGUAUUAAGGUCUAUUUCACUACGCUGUGAAAUAAUGCUAGUUGCUUGAACUUGAUCAUUUUGUGUCCCAAAAUGUGUCCAUAAAUCCCUUCUGAAGUCUUUCACAGAUGGGAUUCCUGAAGUGGAGAUGAUUGGCGGGAAACAACAGGAAGAAUACAAGCAAAAAAAUUUAUCAUCACGGUUAAAAAGACACAUUAAUAUACAUACAGAUGAGAAGCCUUUCUGCUGUUCUGACUGUGGGAAGUAUUUCAUUAGAUCAUCUGAUUUUACUAAGCAUCAGAGAGUGCACACAGGUGUGAGGCCUUACUCUUGUUCUGACUGUGGGAAGAGUUUCUCUCAUUUAGGUAGCCUUAAACGUCACCAGCGCGUACAUAUCGGAGAGAAGCCUUUCUCCUGUUCUGACUGUGGGAAGUGUUUCAUUAGAUCAUCUAAUCUUGUUCGUCAUCAGAGAUUGCACACAGGUGAAAAACCUUACUCCUGUUUUUAUUGUGGGAGCAGUUUCUCUCAAUUAGGUCACCUUAAAGUUCACCAGCGCUUGCAUACUGGUGAAAAGCCUUACUCCUGUUCUGACUGUGGGAAGUGUUUCAUAAGAUCAUCUGAUCUUACUAGUCAUCAGAGAUUGCACACAGGUGAGAAACCUUUCUCCUGUUCUGACUGUGGGAAGAGUUUCUUUCCAUUAAAUAUCCUUAAAUUACAUCAGCGCAUACAUACUGGAGAGAAGCCUUACUCCUGUUCUGUCUGUGGGACGAGUUUCUCUCGAUUAGGUUGUCUUAAAACUCACCAACGCAUACAUACUGGAGAGAAGCCUUAUAACUGUUCUGACUGUGGGAAGUGUUUCUCUCAAUUAGGUCACCUUAAAGUUCACCAGCGCUUGCAUACUGGUGAAAAGCCUUACUCCUGUUCUGACUGUGGGAAGUGUUUCAUAAGAUCAUCUGAUCUCACUAGUCAUCAGAGAUUGCACACAGGUGAGAAACCUUUCUCCUGUUCUGACUGUGGGAAGAGUUUCUUUCGAUUAAAUAUCCUUAAAUUACAUCAGCUCAUACAUACUGGAGAGAAGCCUUACUCCUGUUCUGUCUGUGGGACAAGUUUCUCUCGAUUAGGUUGUCUUAAAACUCACCAGCGCAUACAUACUGGAGAGAAGCCUUAUGCCUGUUCUGACUGUGGGAAGUGUUUCUCUCAAUUAGGUCACCUUAAAGUUCACCAGCGCUUGCAUACUGGUGAAAAGCCUUACUCCUGUUCUGACUGUGGGAAGUGUUUUAUAAGAUCAUCUCAUCUUACUAGUCAUCAGAGAUUGCACACAGUUGAGAAACCUUUCUCCUGUUCUGAAUGUGGGAAGAGUUUCUUUCGAUUAGAUAUCCUUAAAUUACUCCAGCGCAUACAUACUGGAGAGAAGCCUUACUCCUGUUCUGACUGUGGGAAAACGUUUGUACGGUUUGAGAGCGAAUUAAAAAGACACAUUAUGAUACAUACUGGAGAGAAGCCUUACUCCUGUUCUGACUGUGGGAAUGGUUUCAUUAGAUCAUCUGAUUUUACUAAACAUCAGAGAGUGCACUCGGGUGAGAGGCCUUACUCUUGUUCUGACUGUGGAAAGAGUUUCUCUCAAUUCAGUGGCCUUAGAGUUCACCAGCGCAUACAUUCUGGUGAUAAGCCUUACUCCUGUUCUGACUGUGGGAAGUGUUUCAUAAGAUCAUCUAAUCUUGUUCGUCAUCAGAGAUUGCACACAGGUGAGAAUCCUUUCUCCUGUUCUGACUGUGGGAAGAGUUUCUCUCAUAGAGGUAGCCUUAAAUGUCACCAGCGCAUACAUACUGGAGAGAAGCCUUACUCCUGUUCUGACUGUGGGAAGUGUUUUACUAGUUCAUCUGGUCUUACUAGUCAUCAGAGAUUGCACACAGGUGAGAAACCUUUCUCCUGUUCUGACUGUGGAAAGAGUUUCUCUCAUUUAUGUAGCUUUAAAUGUCACCAGCGCAUUCAUACUGGAGAGAAGCCUUACUCCUGUUCUGACUGUGGGAAGAGUUUCUCUCAUUCAUGUAGCCUUAAAUGUCACCAGCGCAUACAUACUGGAGAGAAGCCUUACUCCUGUUCUGACUGUGGGAUCAGUUUCUCUCAAUUAGGUAACUUUAAAAUUCACCAGCGCAUACAUUCUGGAGAGAAGCCUUACUCCUGUUCUGACUGUGGGAAGUAUUAUUCUAGUUCAUCUGAUCUUACUAGUCAUCAGAGACUGCACACAGGUGAGAAGCCUUUCUCCUGUUCUGACUGUGGGAAGAGUUUCUCUCAAUUAGGUAACCUUAAACGUCACCAGCGCAUACAUACUGGAUAAUAAUUCCUGACGUUUGACACUGGAGCAUAAUUUUGACAUUUGACGGACUUGACCAAGAGGAUAAGCAAGUGUUUUACAGCAUCAAGCAGUUCAACUGUCUGUUUUUGAAAUUACCACAAAUGAAGAUAUGUCUUGUUAGAAUAUGGGUGUGAGAAACAUAACACAACACAAAGUGCUGAUUUACUCUGAACAAAAUACAAUAGAUAGAAUGUGGGUCCCACACAUCCUGUCCAUACCUCCUGAUAUGAGUUUUCCAUAUGACUGUCAUAGACUAUAUAAAUAGACCCCUGGACCGUAGGUUGGGACAUACCAUUGUGAGAAACCCUGUCUUUACCUGAUGAUACACAGGUAUUUAAGUUCUAUUCUCAGAUAUUGGUGAUGUGCUGGAGGAUAAUAGUCAGUAUAAUGGUUGGCUAUAAUAACUGACCACCUCCUAUGUGUCCUGGCAUAAAAGACUGUGUUAACUUUGUAAUUAUUGGAGAACAUGUAAGA